CUGCCACCUUGUGACCUAUAAUAUACGGUAAGAGAAGGUAGGAGGGACUUGAAGUUACCUAGAAGCCAGUUCCUACCGGUGACAUUGUUUGCUGGUUUUGUAGGUAAGGUUUACAUACCUAUUCAGAUCAUCUGACAUUUGUCCGGCCAGUCCAACGGAUGUCGGAUGCCAAUAGAACAUGUUUUGCUAUUAGUCAGGUUGACAACUCUUCGAAGUAAGGACCUAAGUCUCCUCUCAAUCUGGCAAUUGUGCUCUUCUUGAGUUGCCCCCACGCAACAAUCCAAUCUUCGUUCACCCAAUCGAAGCCACACCCUUCCUGAUAACCAACAUCAACCCCUAGGCUUUUCUUUCCAAAGCUCCCGCACGCCAACAUGGCGGCCACUUCGUUGCUGCUCGUGGUUGCGGUCUCUUUCAGCUUUCUCGUCGCCCUAGUUGCUGGGCAGGGCUGCACAAGCGCGGGCGUCUGCGGAGCUGCCAGCUGUGGUGCAGGUCUCAACCCCUGCUACAACGGAACGGGCAACCAGCUGACUUGUUGCACUUCACCGUGUGGCAGCUGUGACCUGACAUCUGGGAACGCCACAAGGCCAACCCUCACUGUGUACGCUGUUUUCAACGCGUCCGACGCUGGCGCCAGCUGUGCAAACCAGACGUCCGCUCCCGGUGGUGGCACCCGGUUUGCCGACUCAUGUGUCUACUACACGCCUUUGCUCGACGCGAACCGGACCGUGAUCGGCAACUUCGGCGCCAAUGAACAGGUCAUCAUUGAGAACGGGGCGCGCGUGCUGACUCACCAAACCCUGUUCUUUGGCAACAACUCGGCGACUGCCACGCCCGAUACGAUCAACUGUUUGGGCCAAGCUUGGAGCCAACCCUUCCAAGUGGCCAUCGUCGGCGGCACUGGGAAGUACGCAGGAGCGAGAGGCUAUUACGUGUCGCCCGCCCCAACCAGCGAAACAGUCGGAAACACUACUGUCACGUACUUCCAAAAGAAUCUGUACCUCUUUUGAGACGUCCAAUGAUUUAACACUGGCUCCAAACUUUUUUUUGCUACGCAAACGGGGUAGUAGAUUUUGAACGUGCUGCCGCCCAGGUUGAGAAAGCUUCGAUCUGGUUUAGGAGUCGUCAAAUGGUAGAGGCUUCGAAAACGUACAGCUUGUUUCUUGUAGUGCUGGCUAGCGCAAGUUUUGUAAGUUCGAGCACACUAGUGCAGAGAAUAGGGCACGCUCAAUCUGUAGAGUCACGCGCGCUGCUGCCAUCUAGGCCGCUUAGUAAACAGGCUUCAACGAGUCAAAGCGCAGCAAUCUUUGAUCGCUUCGCAAGUUCGUUCGACCAGACGUUUACUUUCUCCGCACACCGUGUCGCCGCAAGAUCGGGCAGAGUUCCUUCUCUUUGCUCUCUGGCUUAUCCGACAAGGGCGCUCCUCACUUGCGCCAGAGCCCAACUCCAACCAUGCUGAUCAUGC